AAAAUCUUUCUUUGCAGUCCUCUCCCUUCAGUCCACUAUGGAGAGAUUCACAGGGCAAACUGUUCUAUCACUUGGGUUUCUUCUUCAGCUUAUUGCUUUUCUCCUCUUUCUCAACCAGACAUGUCUUUCAGUGGUAGCCGCUACCCCUGUACGGCUUAUCAGAGGCUUCACGGCCACUCCAUACCCAUCUGUAUCGUCUUUCCAACCUCUUCUCGACAACCCCAAUGGAACUUUCUCUCUGGGGUUCCUUCGAAAUGGAAGUUCCCAACUGGCUCUGGCUAUUGUUCAUGUCCCUUCUUCCGAACCCGUUUGGCUCGCGAAUCCGAAUCGGUCGGCGCUCUGGUCGAACCCCACUGAGCUCUCCUUCAAUGGUAGUCUCGUCUUGUACGAUCGGCACUCUGGGGUACUCUGGUCAACUGAAACCAUAGGUGAUUUUAUUAUUCUCCUUGAUAAUGGAAAUCUUCAAAUACAGAAGUUCGAUGGUUUACCCUCACUUCUCUGGCAGAGUUUCGAUUUUCCUUCGGAUACCCUUCUCGAUAAUCAAAAUUUCACAGUCAAUAUGUCUCUGGUUUCAUCAAAUAGCCUCUAUUCUAUGAGAAUGGGAGACAAUUUUAUGGGUUUGUAUUCCAAUUUCAAAGCAGGGUUGGAACAGAUUUACUGGAAGCACAAGGCCAUGGAAGCGAAAGCUAGUAUCAUUGUCGGCAAUGGACCAAUUUACGCUAGAAUCAGCCCAGAUGGGUUUCUGGGUAUGUAUCAGACAGAAGAAGCACCAGUCGAUGUGCAAGCUUUCGACACCUUUCAAAAUUCAAUUUCAGGAAUCCGACGACUCAAGCUGGAAUCGGAUGGGAACCUUAGGGAUUAUUUCUGGAACGGUUCGAAUUGGGUUUCUGAUUUCCAAGCGAUCAAAGACGAGUGCGAGCUUCCAAAUGCGUGCGGAUCUUAUGGUCUCUGUAUUCCAGGAGGAGGUUGUUCGUGUUUGGAUAACAGAACAGAGUAUUCCUCCGGUGGAUGUCUUCCACAGGAAUCCGGCGAUAUCUGCGGUACGAUUGACAAAGAGAAAGCGGAUUCGUAUUGGGUAUUGACAAGAACCGGUGUUGAGUUGCCUUACAAGGAGUUAAUGGAGUUUGAAAAGAUGGGAUCUUUGGAGGAAUGCGAGAGUUCCUGCGAGAGAAAUUGCAGCUGUUGGGGAAUUGUUUAUAAUAACGCAUCUGGGUUUUGCUAUGCGGUUGAUUAUCCGAUAAACACAUUGGUGAGUGUCGGAGAUGAAAGCAAGAUUGGGUAUUUCAAGGUGAUAGGAAUCGAAGAAGCAAGGAAGAGAGGUGAAGGAGUGGGCUUAGCAGUUGGUAUAGCUCUGUUGAUUGCUGCGGUUGUGAUUUUGGUUGGGGUUGGUGGGUUUAUGAUAUUUAAGAUUUGGAGGAGUAAGGAGGAGGAAGGGCAUGGGAUAUUCAAAAAGAAGGAACAGGGGCUUUCACACAUGGAUCUGCUGCGUUCCUCGAGCUCUGUAUCAGUUGAGCUCUCCACCAGAUGA